AUGGGCCUCAACUACUAUGCCUCGUCGCCCACUGUGGUGCUGCCGCCUCACCAACCAGCCUACUUCGACCAGCGCUUCAACACGCCGGCCUUCACCUCCCGCGCAUCCACCAGCCCGUCCGGACGCGUCUCAAAGUACCCUGUGCCGCCGUCGAUCAACUACCAGGCCGCCCCGACCAACGCCGUCGCCGGCCGCAAGCGCUCGCUGGAGGACGUCAGUGACGAAGCCCCAGUGGACGGCUCGAAGAUCAUCACCAAGCCCAAGCCUGAGCCCAUCAUGGGCCCUGGCAUGACCCUCAUCUACCCCGGCGAGCCCGGUUUCGCCAUCGCCGCCGAGUCGCAGACUGGCACCUGGGCUGAGACGAAACAUGAAUCCGAAGAGGCCUCCAAGCCUGAGGAGAGGCCAAUUGCCGUAUCGCGCAAGUCGCAGCGCACCGAAAGGACCAAGCAAGCCUCGAGCAGCCCUCCGCCAGCAGCCCGGUCGCUCGCAUACAAGGCCACGACGAUGCAAAUCGACGAUGCCGGCCACACCAUCCAGGACCUGACGAUGGCCCUCGGCAUCGGAUGGAAGGAGAUAGUCUUCAAUCCUGCGAAGAAAGACGGUGCGCGCGGCUGGGCCAAGUACAUCUCUAGGCACUACCCGCUCGCUUGUCCUCAGAUCCUGCACGAGAGCGAGGCGCACGACGCAUUCCUCGUCCACGCCAGGGACGUCGCCGACAACCAGGCGAAGUUCUUCCUCUUCAGCCAGGAUUUGCGCUCGUGCCGUCUGCUCAGCACGUCGCUCGAGGGUGUCAUCCGCAACCUCACCCAGCACCCCAUCGUCUACGAGAGCGACGUCGUCUUCGCGCGCGCAACCUCGACCCCUCCUCCUCCGGCCACUCCGCUGCAGUCUCCGACCACCAAUGACACUGAGAUGAGCAUCGACGCGCCAUCGAUGCCCUCGCAGCUGCAGGCUGUCGACACUGCGAUGCAGAUGUAG